ACCAGAAAAUUCAAGAAGAAUCUACCAACAAGCAAGAAAAAGGCGGAAACUCAUUCUUCAGAAUAAGAGAAGCAAACAGAGACACAUGACCACAGGUGGUCAAACAACUCUGCCCACACAAAGAAUGGCAGCCCCCCCAAGAAGAAAACAGCCCCAAGCACAACAGUGUGCACUGCAUGCAAAUAGUCCAGGCCAAAAAUUGGACUAUCUCUAUUUGGGCUUUCCUCAUGAAAACUGCCAAUACUGCCAUGCUAUAAUGUGGACAGAUGAACGCAAUAACAGCAAGGCAAAGAACUCACCACCCACUUUCUCUUUGUGUUGCAUGGAAGGCCGGGUUUCCCUCUCCGCAUUGAAAAGUGCACCUCAGUAUCUAAGAGACCUACUAAGCCACAAUGGAGGGAAACGUUCAGCUACCUUUCGUGAAAACAUACGGGCAUAUAACUCAAUUCUUGCCUUCACAUCAAUAGGGGCACAAAUCGAUUACGAAAUCAAUAAAACCAAAGGACCAUAUGUCUUUAGAAUCAGCGGACAAAACUGCCAUCAAAUUGGUUCACUAAAUCCCCAACCAGGGAAACCCCGGAAGUUCCUCCAACUAUAUAUGUAUGAUAACAAAACAGAGGAAGUGUGUUCAAGGAUAAAGUCACUUACAAAGGACAAACCAAACUCCAAGCUAGAUGAGAGCAUUCUCUCAGACCUAAUAACAAUGCUUGACAGGGAGAAUUGUUUGGCAAAAACAUUCAGAAUGGCACGAGAUAGAAUGAAAGUAAGUGAAGAUGUACAGUUCCAACUGCACCUCUUAUCAGAGCGCACACCAAAAUAGAGGCAGUAUAAUGCACCCACAGCAUCAGAAGUAGCGGCACUAAUAGUAGGGGAUUUUGGCCAAGCACCAGAUGGAAGAAAUAUAGUUGUAGAACAUAAAACAAAAGGCCUUCAAGAGAUUAAUGAAAGACACCCAUCUUUGAUGGCAUUGCAGUAUCCCCUACUUUUCCCACAUGGAGAAGACGGGCACCAUGAAAAAAAUCCUAUACACUGAUUCUCCACGUAUGCAAGUCUCCCGGGCGUACGUCACCAUGAGAGAAUACUAUGCUUAUCGCAUUCAACAAAGACUCACUGAAGGUACAACACAUCUCCAGGGAGGAAGACUUUUCCAACAAUAUUUGGUAGACUCCUACACUGCCAUAGAGGAGGAAAGACUUCGAUUUUUACGAAAGAAACAAAACAUAUUUUGCACUGAAAUCUACCGAAAUGUGUGUGAUGCCAUCAACAAAGGGGACACAACAGG